GAUAGAAUGGUGAUCGAUGUUCAAUUGUAAUUAUUUAAAACAAGGCAAUUCUUCUAAACGUUAAGCAGGUAAACAAUCAAUUAAAGGUCACUGGGAUGUUAAUUUAAUUAGACCAGGAACUUUGUACACUAAGUUGAAGUUAAAUUGAUUAUUUUAAUGAUUUGGUACCAAUGCCGAUUUAAAUAUGUGCCAUAAAGCCUGUUGAAAUGCCGCGUGAUUUGUUGAGCGACAGUCUGGCUGUACUUAGGAUAGUGGAGCAUGAAGAUGAAGAGAAUUGGCCACUGGAAGAAAAAUCAUCAUGUAAGCAGAGUGAGAAGAAACUUGGAAUAUCUUUGAACAACCAACAACCGUAUAUAAAGGAUGACAGUGGUUGUUAUUACAACUAUGCUCUUGGUGAGAGCGGUAGCCAAAGACAACAUGACCCUGUUUAUCAAUACAAAACCAGUAGUUUGCCUCCUGCUUCCUCCAUCAAUCAAUCAUGGGAUGAUGUGGUUUGCUCUGCACUUAGGAUACCUCCAGAAGACAUUGCCAACCAAUUAACCCUUCUAGACAUGCCAUGUUUCAAAGCCAUUAUGCCAGAAGAAUUAACAACCUGUGGCUGGAACAAACUGAAUAAAUUGACUGUUGCUCCUAAUGUUGUGGCAUUCACUAAGAGAUUUAAUAGGGUUAGCUUUUGGACUGUUCAAGAAAUUUUAAAUGGACAAUCUCCCAAAACACGGGCUGAAACUAUGGUACAUUUUAUAAAAGUGGCCAAGAAACUUCACGAGAUUAAUAAUCUACAUUCUCUCUUUGCUGUUAUUUCGGCUUUGAGAUGUGCCAGUAUCUAUAGACUGACAAAAACAUGGGCUUGCUUAUCAACCAAACAUAAGCAACAGUUUGAUAAACUCGCGCAAGUGUUUGGAGAGGAAGAUAACUGGAUGGCGCUGAGGGAGUAUUUGAACUCCAUAUCACUACCUUGCAUACCUUAUCUUGGCAUUUUCUUGACAGAUCUGGUAUACAUAGACAUAGCUCACCCAGUGGGUUCACCACAUCGGACAGCUAAGAUGGCCGUGGUGUUAAAAGCCCUUGAACGGUACCAGAGUUCUGAAUACGAUAUAACGCCUUUGCCGCAUGUCGCUAAUUACCUGAACAGCGUUCGGUAUAUUGAAGAGCUGCAGAAGUUUUUAGAAGACGAUCAGUACAAGUUAUCUUUGAAACUUGAACCUCCAUCCCCUGUGGGUAGCUGUGCCGGUUCUAAAGAAUCUGUCAAAGAGGUGAUGCCUCAAGGCAGUUCUACACCUUUCACACUAUCGCCAUCCCAUAGGCUUGGCUCUGGUUCGCUGCGACUUCAGGGAACGUACCAUCAAACCAAAUUUAUACCGACGCAUCGAAAGUGUCGUUCUCUAGGAUCCAAGUUUCGUAGUGCGAGCUUGCCAAGAAAUUUUCACAAGGUCAAUUUUGGUGUGGGUAUAUUUGGCAAAAGCAAUACCGAUGAUAGAAUGGACGAGAAGACGCCGGCUGGCUCGGUGAACUUGCUCGACGACACGCUUUUGGAGUCUCCGACCUCAGUCCCAGGCGACAAAAUGUCACAGUCUUUACCUCAUACUGACCCAUAUAAAGCGGACAACGAAGGUUUCGAGUACGAGGGAUUUGUUAGAAGGAAAACCAUUCUAAAAGAUGGCAGAAAAAUAUCUCUCUCAUCGUGGCAAAGAUAUUGGCUGCAAAUAUCGGGAAAGAUUUUAGUUUUCUUCGCUUCCAAGUCCUUUAAAGGGACCAAUCGAUCGGAUUUCCGAAUGGAACGCUGCAAAUUAUUGCCUCUCGACGGCUGGCAGGCCCUCAGCGUAGAUGGCGAUGCGGCAGAUGCCUUCCAACUUGUCAACCACACUUCGGGCACUAUUUAUAAAUUUAAGACUGGAUCUGAAGAUGCAGCGAAGAAAUGGGUGUCGAAAAUCGAAAGCGUUACGAACAAAACUGUGAAACCUCUACCAGCCAACCUCAUGUCAUUCGAGUGAGACGACUCACGUAUGUAUCAUAGUGAUCUGAUAUUAGAAACCUCUCGAACAAAUUUCAUUGUAUACACUGUAAUGAAUAAUGGACUGUGGAAUUUUAAGUUAAUUAUUUUAUUGAUUUAGUCAGGUAGCUUUAGGCGUGUGUGUAUUCUGUUUACUUAUUGACGCUUGGUUUCGUUGGUGUGGAUAUCCCGGUAAACUUUUAUAUUAAUUUUAAAUACUCAUAUCGCAGGAAUACAAUUUGUAUUAGUUUUAAAAAUGUACUGAAGACAUAGGGCAUAAGCUACGAAAUUGUCGUUGUUGAAUAAAAAAAACGACUACAAUUCAUGAUGAAAAUAACACGAAAUUUUAAUGUAAAUAAUAUUCUACGAUUUCGAGCUUACAUUCUUUGAAAGCGACCUAAAGUGGGGAUUAAUACAUUGAACGUUCUUGAAAGUGCAGUAAUAAAAAGUUAAUGUUACAUUUUGUGCUGUAAAUAUUUUGAAAUAUUUACAACUGAAGAUCUGCUGCU